AUGGAGGCCUUCCGCAUCCUGCUACGAGAGGCACACCAGCACCAGCAUGGACCGCGCCAGCAGAGACGCGAACGGCGCAGAGGGACGCGCACCGCAGCGCCGGUGGACCGCGACCCGCCGCUGGGGCGGCCCGUCUGGAGGCUUGCGGCGUUCGCGCAGGACGAGGGCGGCGCCGGGCUGGUGGGCCACGCCGAGCUGCGCGUCGCCCUGCGCGACGUCAACGACAACGCGCCGGCCUUCCUCCGCAGGCUGUACCGCGGCCGCGUCGUCGAGAACGCCGCGGCAGGCACCUACGUGCUGAACGUAACAGCAGUGGACAACGACGACCCAUACGAGGGCCUCAACGCGAAGAUAACGUACUCUAUAGAGAAGAACGUCGUGGACGAAACUUCCGGCUCGGCCAUCUUCAUGAUAGACAGCGACAGCGGCGAGAUCCGCACUGCGAUUUGCUGCCUGGACCGCGAGCGUACGCCUCGCUACUCCAUACAGGUGGUUGCCACAGACGGCGGCGGUCUCCAAGGAACCACCACUGUGUCCAUUACGGUGAAGGAUGUCAACGACACACCGCCCGAGUUUACGAAGGACGAGUGGGUUGUCGAGGUGGACGAGACGGACGCAGAGAGCGUGCCGCAGAAGCCCAUCCUGACCGUCACCGCCCGGGACAAAGACGAGGAUGGCUCCUUCCAGUACGCGGUGGUCGACGACAGUGGUUAUGGAGCGGAUAGGUUCGCACUUGUGACGAACAGUGACGGAACCGGGUCUCUAAAAAUCAUCAAACCUCUAGAUUAUGAAGAUGUCUACAGGAACGUCCUCAGAUUCAAAAUCCAGGUCACCGACAAGAGAGACAACAACGCCACCGAGCCCUACCAUACGGCGUACUCGUGGGUGACCGUGAAGGUGAGAGACGUGAAUGACAACGUGCCGGUGUUUGCGAGGCACAUGACGGAGGUGGCCGUAAUGGAGGACGCCCAAGUGGGGACCAAAGUCGCCACCUUCAAAGCGACAGACCGCGACGGCGGCGGCAGCAGCAAGAUAUCCUACAGGAUAGGCAACGACACGGACGCUGCCAGACAUUUCAACAUCAAUGACAACGGCGAACUGCUCAUUCAGAGACCUCUGGACAGGGAGGAAAUUCCACGUCACAAGGUGCACAUUUUGGCAGUUGAUGAUGGAUCGCCUCCGAAGACCUCUACAGCCACAAUAACAGUCUUUGUCCAAGAUGUCAACGACAACGCCCCACAGCUGCUCCGCAAUUAUCAGCCGGUUAUUCCAGAAAAUACACCACCUACAGAGAUUAUAGAAGUAUUUGCAACUGAUGCAGAUGAUUAUUCCAGGCAUAAUGGACCUCCGUUCUUGUUCAGAAUGGAUCCAACUGCUGAUGACAACACAAAAUCCUCAUUUAGAAUAGAUUUUAAGAAAAAUGGUCAUGAUGGAAAUGGCUCAGCAAUUAUUUCUUCACUCAGAACUUUUGAUCGGGAAGAGAAGCGAGAAUACUUGGUGCCAAUUCUAGUUAUUGAUUCUGGCUAUCCUCCACUUACUGGUACAGCUACAGUCAAAAUUACAAUUGGAGAUGUCAACGAUAAUUUGAUGAAACCAGGAAAAAAGACUGUACUGGUUUACAAGCAUCAGGAUCAAACUCCAGAAACAGAUAUUGGAAGGAUACACAUAGAAGAUCCUGACGAUUGGGACCUACCUGAUAAGAAAUUCUACUGGGCAAAAUAUCAGCAUCACCAAAGAUUUAAAGUUGAUGAAGAUACGGGGAUGGUGACCAUGAGAUCAAAUACACCAGAGGGAAUAUACACUCUGAUGUUCAGAGUGUCAGAUCGAAGGCAUUCACAGCAUAAUGUCUCAGCGAUUAUGAUUGUCACAGUAAAGAAUUUGCCACAUAGUUCUGUCAGAAACUCGGGAUCAAUGCAAAUUUCUGGAGUACCUGCUGAAGACUUCAUUAGAGAGUGGCAAUACAUGGGUACACAGAUGAGUAAGGCUCAACAUCUUACAAAUGUAUUGGCAGAAAUACUCAGCACUGAUGAAAGAAAUGUGGAAAUAUUUAGCAUUAGGCAACAAGGAAAACAGCCACCUCUGCUAGAUAUUUUCUUUUCUGUCAAUGAUCCAAAGCUUCACAGGCGUGAAACAAUAACUGGACUCCUACAAGUGCACAAAGAAGAGAUUACAAGAAAAAUUGGUCUUAAUAUAGUCCUCAUUGGUAUAAACCACUGUCUAGUUCAUGAGACAAAAUGUGAGGGUCCAUGUACAAACAUCUACAGGCCAAGCAAAUAUUCUCUCUUGGUUGAUGCAAAUACAACAUCAUUUGUUGGUGUUUCUGUGAUCGUUACACCUGAGUGUCAGGACAUCACAAAUGAACCAGCACACAAAAGCUGUCAUGACCAUCACUGUUACAAUGGUGGCCGCUGCGUGCAGAAAGGACCUAGUGUCAGCUGUAUCUGCCCAGUGGGUUAUGAUGGUCCUCGAUGUCAAGGAACAGUGAGAAGUUUCCAAGGAGAUGGAUGGGCUUGGUUUCCUUCACUCACUCCACAAUCUGAAAACCAUGUUAGUCUCGAGUUUUUAACAAAGGAAGAACAAGGCCUGAUAUUCUACAAUGGUCCAGUGUCAGUUAUGGCCCCUCUUGAAGAUUCUGUGUCAGAUUUUGUUGCAUUUGAGAUAUACAAUGGUAAACCCAGAUUAUUACUGAAAACAACACAUGGAACUGUGGAACUAAGUGUACAUGUGGAGAGAAAUCUAAAUGAUGGAAAAUGGCAUCACAUUGACAUAUUUUGGAAUUCCGUGAAUGUUCGUCUUGUAGUGGAUUUUUGCAAGUCUGCUGAUGUGGUAGAAAUGAAAGAAGCAGCAGUGGUAUUCUUCAAUGGGACAAGCUGUCAAGCAGAGAGAAGCCUGCCAUAUCUGAACACUCAACUCAAUUUAAACAGCCCUCUCCAGAUUGGUGGAAUUUACUGGACACAAAUUCCUACAAAGGCGACAGAGUGGCAUGUCUUUCCAAAAUCAUUAAACUUCGAUGGCUGCAUAAGAAAUUUCUUUCACAAUAGCCAGAUUGUGGACUUGGCUGAUCCUCUGCUGUCUGUGGGUACAAGUACGGGUUGCUCUCACACAAAGGCAGCAUGCAGCCAGCUCAACUGUACAGCACAUGGCACAUGUCUAGCAGACCUGACAGGAGCAGCACCACAGUGCUGGUGUGAUGUGGGAUGGGGUGGCCCCAGUUGCUCUAUCCCUACAAAACCCAUCACAUUCCUGCCUCACAGUUACAUUAAGUUUGCACUAUCAUUUGAACUUAGUCAUUUCACCACAGUCAUGCAGAUGAGAUUCAAAACAGAAGAGGUUGAAGGAGAGCUUUUCCGCCUUGCUGACCAGGUCUCACAGGAAUAUGCCAUUCUUGAGAUAAGAAAUGGAAGCUUAUGUUUCCGUUACAACCUCAACAGCAUACAUACUGAAGAACAGUCUGUCUGCUUAAGUUAUGUUAACAUCAGUGAUGGCAACUGGCAUACUGCAAAGAUUUCACGUUAUGGCUCACUAUCUAUCCUUCAGUUAGAUGAUGGUGAAUUUACUAGAUAUAAUCAGACCACCUCAUUUGAAGGACAUCAGCUAUUAGUUGUUGAUAAACAGGAAGGUGUGCAUGCAGGUGGAAAAGCAGAGUACCUAGGCAUGAAUACAUUGGAAAUUUUUGCUGAUUAUAAGAAUGGCUGUAUGGAUGACAUUAGGUUGGAUGGAAGGGUGCUCCCACUGCCUCCAUCAGUGAAUGUCACACAAUGGGGACAAGCAACUGCAGCUCUGAAUGUGGAACAUGGCUGUGGCUACUCUGACUGCAGUACUGGUUUUUGCCAAGAACCACUAAUAUAUGCCAGUGAGAUACUGAACAAAUAUCAUUGCAUGUGUGGCAGUGAAAGUAAUACUUUAAAACCAGGAGCUGACAUUUGUAAUAAUCCCGAAAGUGGAAAAUGUCUCUAUCAACACUCAAAACUUAGUUACAAGUGUGUUUGCCCUGAUGAUGCAGAAGGUGUAAGGCAUGGAUUUCUACAAGAGAGGCACACAUUUUCUCUUGGUAUAUGGAUUCUGAUUGUGUUGCUAUCAUCAGCUGUCUUAUUCUUUGUGCUAGGUGCAAUGUUCAUUGGAUACAAAUAUCAAUGCAGUACCCAUGAAACAACUGAAGUAAAGAAUGAUGUUCAAGAAAAUGUGAUAUUUCACGCUGAUGAAGGAGGAGGGAAAGACGACACAGUCUCCUGUGGCAUGAAAGAAUUGAAAAUAUAUGUUGACAAGAUUGGACCUACAGAAUCAGUGGAAAUGCACAAAUUUUCAGAGAUUCAACAGAAUUCUGAAGAAAUGUUAAAAAAUAGAAUAGAAAAACACAAAAGAGAAAUUGAUAUGAAAAUACUCUCUGACAAUUUGGACCACACAUAUUGCUAUGACUUUGAAGGCAUUGCAGAAGCUUCUAGUUCUUUAUCCUCUUUGACCACAGAGUAUGAUGGCACAGAAAAGGAUUGCAAGGACAUCACAAAAAUUGCACAAGAUAUUACCAGAGUAUAAUACAUACACCUUGGCAGGACCAAUAAGUCUUGCACUCAAUGUGACACAUCUUACAGGGUUGAGUAAGAAACCUGCAGUGGUAGUAGACCAACUUCUCAAAAGUGAGACUAAGGGUAGAAGUGUUCUAUCAUUCACAGACAAUUUCUUUGUAUACAUACUCUCUGCUUGCUGCAGUGUUGUGAUAUUAUUUGAAAAAAAUCAAGACAACAUAUUUUUAUAAAUAACAAAUGUGAACAUAUACAUAUACAUAUAUUUUUUAUCACUGACUUGUUGAUAUAACAUGUGUUUUCUGCUGAUGAAUGGAGAUUUAACUUCUUGUGAAAACAGAUUUUUUACACAUAAAUAACUGAUGGGUACUAUUGUAAACUUAUCCUUAAAAACAAUAAAAAUUUUGGAUA